AUGACGAUACUGGGUUUGAGCGUCAAAUGUGCAGGAAAAGAAAUAUGCGAACUAAAUAUAAAAAUAAAAGUGCUUAGAAAUUUCAAGCGCCUUCAGUGCCCAGUCAGGUUGGCUUUUGCCGUGACUCUCAAUAAAGUCCAGGGACAGUCUCUCAGAGUGGCUGGCAUCAACUUGGAGCAACCUUGCUUUUCUCAAGGGCAGCUUUAUGUGGCGUGCUCAAGAGUGGGCUCUCCAGAACGCCUGUUCAUUUUGUCACCGGAGGGAAAACAAAGAACAUAUUUCAAGCGCCUUCAGUGCCCAGUCAGGUUGGCUUUUGCCAUGACUAUCAAUAAAGUCCAGGGACAGUCUCUCAGAGUGGCUGGCAUCAACUUGGAGCAACCUUGCUUUUCUCAAGGGCAGCUUUAUGUGGCGUGCUCAAGAGUGGGCUCUCCAGAACGCCUGUUCAUUUCGUCACCGGAGGGAAAAACAAAGAACAUAGUCUACCAAAAGGCUCUCCGGUGA